AUGAAGUUUCACAGACUCGUUGUCUUCUUUCCUUCCCUUCUAGACGAGGACGUGGAGGAGGCGAUGGCCUGGGGCCGGUACAGGCCGGAACCCCCGGCCACGCUGGCUUCAACCACGCGGUUUACCCAGCACGAAAUCAAGCUGAUGUAUAGAGGAUUUAAGCAGGAAUGUCCAACCGGCGUAGUGGACGAAGAGGCCUUCAAAAAUAUCUUCUGUCAGUUUUUCCCCCUCGGAGAUGCGACGCAGUACGCCCAUUUCGUCUUCAACACGAUAAAACACAAACAACGAGGCAAACUUAACUUUGAGGAAUUCCUGGACAUCCUAUCGCGAGUGGCGCGUGGCUCUCGACAGGAGAAACUCUCUUGGGUGUUCGCCCUCUACGACGUGGACGGAGACGGACGCAUCUCGAGAGGGGAGAUGCUGGCCGUCGUGCGCGCGGUCUAUGAACUGGUGGGGAGGGCGGCCGUGCCUCCGGUGCAGAAGACGUCCGCCGAAACGCACGUGGAUCGCAUCUUCCAUCUGAUGGACACGAAUGCGGAUGGCGCAGUGACCCCCGAAGAGCUAGCGAGAUGGUGUUGCCGAGACCCCGCCCUUCUGAGCUCCCUCGACACGCUCGACACCAUUUUGUGA